CCGAUUUCUCUUUGAGAGAAGAAAAGGAAGAAGAAAGGGAGAUGAGCGAAGCUUUGAAGAGAGACUACGAGAUCUGCGAAGAGCUCGGCCGCGGAAGAUUUGGCACCGUUUUCCGGUGCUUUUCGCUGGAAUCCCGAGAUUUCUUCGCCUGCAAGACGAUCGACAAGCGCCUCCUCUCCGAUUCCCUCGACCGCGAGUGCCUCGAGAAGGAAGUCAAGAUCAUGCAACUCGUCGCUGGAAACCCUAAUGUUGUCCAGAUCUACGCCGUCUACGAGGAUGAAUCCUCCCUCCACAUGGUCUUGGAGCUCUGCCCGUUGCCGGAUCUCUACGACCGGAUCUCCGAACGGACGUUUUCUGAGCCGGAGGCCGCCUCCGUGAUGUCGCCGUUGAUGGAGGCGAUUGCGCACUGUCACCGCCGUGGCGUUGCUCACCGAGAUAUCAAGCCGGACAACAUCCUCUUCGACGGACGGAACCGUCUCAAACUUGCCGAUUUUGGAUCUGCGGAUUGUUUCGUUGACAGCGGGCGGUCGAUGCGGGGAAUCGUUGGGACGCCGUACUACGUCGCACCGGAGGUGAUUUCCGGUAGGGAUUACAACGAGAAAAUCGACGUGUGGAGUGCGGGGGUGAUUCUGUAUAUAAUGCUGGCUGGAAUCCCUCCUUUUUACGGCGAUUCCGCCGCUGAGAUCUUUGAGGCGGUUCUGCGUGCCAAUCUCCGGUUUCCGACUAGGAUUUUCCGCGCCGUGUCGUCGUCGGCGAAGGAUCUGAUACGGAGGAUGCUUUGUAAGGACGUGUCCAAGAGAUUCUCGGCCGAGCAAGUUCUCAGGCAUCCGUGGAUUACAAGUGGAGGAGAGACAAGCCCGGUAGCCGAUCUGACCUGAGGAAGACUGUCUACGGUCGCGUAUACUGUAUAAAGACUGUUUGUGUACAUUUACGCCCCCGCCCCUCCGAACCCGGUUCGCUCCAUCAGGUUGUAGAUGGUUCCAUACCCGGGGUUUUAUGGGGGAGGAAAGAUAAUCCGAUGGAAGACACCAUAGCAGCAGCGCUUGUGCAGGAGAGGGAGAAAGAGACUGAAGCGAGAAUUUUCUUUUCUUUCUUUUUUUUUUCCUACCCCUUUCCCCCUUUUUCCGAGUUUCUCUGAGAGAUGAGAGAGUUAGAGACUGUAUAUACGAAGUUUCAGCUAUAAACGAAUGCGUAUAUGAGAAUCUUUUUUCUGUUGUGUUU